AUGUCGUCAAGGACAAGACGCGAUCUCCUUUCACCGCGCGACUAUGAUGAUGACGCGGAGUCAUUACGGUCUCCGCUAUCAGAGCAGGACUCUGAUAGCGAGGACGACGAAUUCCUUGCCCAGUCUCGCACCACCCUAGAGCUCGCCGAGCACGACCGCGCCGUUCUCGACGAGGAAGAGGAGCUCGAAAAGCUCCUCACUAGAUCCGGUCCUACUCACGACAUUCGUCGAAUUUUCAGCCCGAACAGGAGCAAUGUCAGGAUCGGGAAGAAGGAAGAAGCCCGGCGGCAACGGCGAGAAAAAGAGAGAAUUGCACGCAAAGCCCGCCGCGAGAGACGGCACGGCGACGAUGAGGAAAUGUAUGAGAUGGAAGAGGGACACCCAGAAGACGAGAGCUCUCUGCUGAGUUCUUCCUCGUCCGAUUUGGAUGAGCGGAUUAAGGAGCAGUAUGCUGAUAUUCAGAACCGCCAAAAAGUCUCCUGGCAGAAAAUGAGUCUUGUCUUUUCAGCCAUGUUCGUUCUCUUCCUCAUCCUCUUGCUCGGAGCAUACAAGGCGUCGGCUGGUUUCCGCGCAUCCCACUCCUCUGUGAAGACUCUGCUGUCCAACGGAACCGCCUUGUUUGCGCCUACGACCAUAUUAAUCUCGCUCGACGGCUUCCGCGCCGACUUUCUCAACCGGGGGCUGACUCCAACCUUGAACGCCUUCAUUUCAGAGGGCGUAUCUCCUCCUUAUAUGCAUCCCAGCUUCCCCAGCGUUACCUUUCCCAACCAUUUCACCCUUGUCACUGGCCUAUAUCCAGAGAGUCAUGGAAUUGUUGGGAACACCUUCUGGGACCCAGAGCUACAGGAGCAGUUUUACUACACGCAUCCAACCGUCAGCAUGCAGUCGAAAUGGUGGAACGCGGAGCCUCUUUGGAUGACGGCCGAGAACCAGAACGUCAAGAGUGCUAUCCACAUGUGGCCAGGGUCGGAAGCGCAUAUCGGAGGCGUGGAGCCAACGUAUCUUGAUAAGUAUAACGGCUCAGAGGCCCUGUCGCGAAAAACUGAGCGAAUUUUACAGCUGCUGGACCUGCCUGGACUCGAGCAGGAGUCGACGUCCAGCCCUCAGCGACCGCAAUUUAUUGCCGCGUAUGUCCCCAAUGUCGAUGCUGAUGGUCACAAAUAUGGACCCAACAGUACCCAAAUUCGGAAAACGAUCUCACAGGCAGACAAUAUGCUGGCGGAUCUUUUUUCAGGUCUUCGAGAGCGCAAUCUCACGGAUGUGGUGAAUAUUGUGAUCGUAUCGGAUCAUGGUAUGGCUUCUACCUCUACUGAGCGGCUCGUCCAGCUCGAUGAUCUGAUCGACCUUAACCUGACCAGCCAUAUCGACGGUUGGCCAUUGCGCGGAAUCCGUCCUAAGCGCCCUGAAUAUCUCAAGACCCUUCAAGAUCAGCUGGAGCGUGUUGCGUCUCAGUACUCAGACGCGAUCGAGAUCUACACCCGCGAAAACAUGCCAGAACGGUAUCACUUCAAGAACAACGAUCGCAUCGCCCCUCUAUGGGUAAUACCCAAGACCGGCUGGGCCAUCGUUGAGCGGCCCGAGUUCGACGCUCAGGCAGCACUCCAGAACGGUCAGUUUUACCAUCCGAAAGGAAUUCACGGGUACGACCAUGAACAUCCGUUGAUGCGGGCAAUUUUUAUCGCCCGUGGCCCUGCGUUCCCGCAUCCACCCAACAGUCGGGUUGAUGCUUUUCAAAACAUCAAUGUUUAUAAUAUCCUGUGCGACUCUCUUGGUAUCAAGCCUCAUCCAAACAACGGGACACUGCGCCUGCCAUUGAAGCCUAAUGGCCUUCACUCGGAUGAGGAUGCGCCAGUUCUCGACAGUCCUUCCGAUCCUCCGGCUACGCAAGCCACGAAACAAAUCGCAACGAUCUCUUCCAGCGCGACCUCCAGUGCUGUCUCCAGCACGACAGUUUCUUCUACCUCCAUAUCUUCCGAUGCAGGGUCAGUGUUAGUCUCGCCCAGCGCUAAACCCGAAAGUGACGCCGAGGAUGAACCAGACGCAGACUGGUGGGAAAGCAUCUGGGACAAAGUGGAGGACAUCAAAGACUGGGCGAAUGAUCUGUUGGAUGACAUCAAGGACGACUUCUCGCAGUCGCGAUGA